AUGCAGUCUUCUCCGGGCGGUACAAUUACUACAGUCGAAGGAUUUUCCCCCCGCAUCAACGCACAGGUAGUUGUGGCCGGAGACUGGCUGUACUUCGAUCCCGAUCAGCAACAUACGCGGAUGAAUGUCCACGGAAUAGCGAGGUACCAGGGAAUCAAGUUCAAAUAUUCGGGCGUCUCUACUGUCUCUGAGGACUUGGCGGCCAUAUUCCAGGGUCAACCGAAGACGGUUGCCUUUGGGCAAUCAACAAUGAACAUGACUUUCGAGGUGGGCUCGCCUAGAAUAAAGGCACUGGAGAAUAGCAACUGGGUGGGCAAUGGCCGAUUUAAAUUAGAGGGAGAUAAGCUCUGGGUCGAAGUGCGCAUUGCCCAGGUGGUGGCCAGCCAGGAUAUGGAUUGA